GUUGAUCAUGACGUGGUAGGGGGUGCACGUGCGCGUCGAGAGCUCCCGUAACCUCCUUCAGGAAAGUCCUCUCAGCUGGGCUUCACGUGUCGGUUUCCUAUUAAUAUCCUGCGGCCGCGUCAGGAGCGCCGCGCCACGCCCUGCAGGAGUCCUAUAGGCAGCGGUGGUGGCUGGUAGGGGGGCGUCAUCACCACCACCCACGGGCAGGCGGUGUUGAAAGUUAUGAGAGGCGGUGUUGGUGGUGGUGGUGGUGGUGGUGUUGAGGGCAUCACCACCACGACGGAGUAGCAGCAGGGACACCACCACUGUAACUCUUCAACACCAGUGACAACACCAACGUCAUCACCACUACUAAGACUUUUGGUGUUGAUGAAAGUGGUGUUGAGGACGGUAUCAUCACCACUACUAAGACUUUUGGUGUUGAUAAAGUGGUGUUGAGAACGAUUCAUCACCACUCCUAUUACUACUACAACACCACUGUAACUCUUCAACACCAGUGACAACACCAACGUCAACACCACUACUAAGACUUUUGGUGUUGAUAAAGUGGUGUUGAGGACGGUAUCAUCACCACUCCUAAUACUACAACACCAGUGACAACACCACUACUAAGACUUUUGGUGUUGAUAAAGUGGUGUUGAGGACGAUUCAUCACCACUCCUAAUACUACUACAACACCACUAACUUUUCAACACCAGUGACAACACCAACGGAAACUCCACUGUUGUCACUACUACUGGUGUUAAGAUUUUUGGUGUUGAAAAAGUGGUGUUGAGGACGAUUCAUCACCACUACUAUUAACUACAACACCACUGUAACUCUUCAACACCAGUGACAACACCAACGUCAACACCACUACUAAGACUUUUGGUGUUGAUAAAAGUGGUGUUGAGGACGAUUCAUCACCACUACUAUUAACUACAACACCACUUAUAACCUCAACACCAGUGGCAGUCAGGCGAGUAGCUGGUGUUAGUGUCACUACUACUACUACUACUACUACUACUACGACUUUUGGUGUUGUAUAUAGUGAGGUGGUGGUGUGGUGUUGAAAAAGUCAUCACCAGUCAUCACCACUACUACUACAACACCACUACAGCACCCAAGUCAUCACCACCAGUUUGUCAUCACCUCUCCCUCUUCUUCGUCAACUAAGGAAGGAAGGAAGGAAGGAAGUGUGAGGUGCCGUGAGGUGAUGGAGGAGGGCGAGGAGGCGCGGGCUCAUCUCUAGGCUGCUGCUUCACCAUGAGCCACACCACCGCCAGGGGUUCGUGGGCCCCUGGGACGGAGGUGGUGGCGCUGUAUGCCUUCUCGGGCACGUCCUCCGAGGACCUGCCCUUCGCCAAGAAUGAGCAGCUCACCAUCGUGCGGCCCACCAACGACCCCAACUGGGUGAUGGCGUGCAACAGGGAGGCCGGCAAGGGCAUGAUCCCCACCUCCUACGUCAAGCCAGUGUGCAAGAAGGAGGUCAAGCUCAACUCAAGGGCGUGGUUCCAUGGCAAGAUCAGUCGGGAACAGGCGGAGUCGCAUCUCAACCCUCGGGAAGACGGGCUGUUCCUUGUGAGGGAGUCCACUAACUUCCCCGGGGACUACACCCUCUGUGUCUGCUUCGAGGGGAAGGUGGAACACUACCGAGUCAUCUACAAGGACAACAAACUCACUAUUGACGAGGAUGAGUACUUCGACCAACUCACGAAGCUGGUGGAGCACUACCAGCAGGACGCGGAUGGCCUGUGCACGCAGCUGAAGCGGUCGGUGCCGAAGCAGGGGUGCCGAGAGUACGAUGUGGAACCCGUGAAGGCCUUCCAGGACGCCGGGUGGUCCAUCAACCAGCAGGAGCUCACGAUGUUUGACUCGAUAGGGAAGGGUGAGUUCGGCGAUGUGCUGCUGGGGGAGUGGAAGGGAACCAAGGUCGCCGUCAAGAGACUCAAGGACAGCAGCAAGGCGGCGCAAGGCCUACUGGACGAGGCGUGUCUUAUGACGAGCCUGAAGCACAACAACCUGGUGAACAUGCUGGGGCUAGUCUUCCAGGACAACUGUAUCCUGCUUGUCACGGAGUACAUGAGCAAAGGACUUUCCAACUUUCUCCGCAGCGACACGUGUAAGGGCAUGGAGUACCUUGAGUCCAUGGCCGUGGUGCACCGGGACCUGGCGGCGCGCAAUGUGCUCAUCAGCGAGGAGGGCGUGGCCAAGGUGUGUGACUUCGGCCUGGCCCACGACAUGAAGGUCAAGCUGGACGGGGUCAAGUUCCCGAUCAAGUGGACGGCUCCGGAAGCUCUCAGGCACAGUAAAUUCUCCAACAAGUCUGACAUGUGGUCCUUCGGCAUCCUCCUGUGGGAGAUCUACGCCUUCGGGAGAGUUCCUUACCCGCGCAUUCCACUUGCCGACGUUAUGAAGCAUGUCGAGAAAGGUUACCGCAUGGAGGCACCUGACGACUGCCCCCCGGAAGUCUACAAGCUCAUGAAGGAGGCGUGGGAUUUGGACCCUCAGAAGCGGCCCA